AUGACAAAUAAUUUUGUGGAAGAGAAAAACUUAUCUCCCGUAUUAGUGGCCACCAGAAGUUACUUGAUGAGUUUUGGCCAAUCGAUGUCUUCGACAUUUAAUAAAACCACUGGUGUUAAAAUUAUUACUGGCUUUGCAGACGAUGACAAAAAGGCUUUAACAUCGGCCAAAGGACAAGAAGUUUCUUCGGAAAGUUUAACGACUAUGUUAGAAACCGCUGCUCCUGGAUCAGUUUGGACUUUACAAUUUUUAAAACAAAAGACCCAAUAA